GAGGGAGAGGGAAGCAGGCUGCGAGAGGAGAGGCGAGGCGAGGAGAGGAGAGGGGAGCAAGCGCUCCAGCUAGCAUGAGGACGGCUUCUCUUCCCUGCUCAGUUAAUCUGGCUGUCAGUUGGUGUUAACGCUGCAGUUUAAGUGCUCAGAUUCCAAGGGAAGCACAAACCUCCCAGAAGAAAGGAAGGAAGCAAGCAAGCAAGAAAGGAAGGAACUGCAGGAGGAAAAGAAAAGGCACAGCAGAGACAGGAAUACGGGGAAGGGGGAAACACCAAAUCUAUGACUGGACCUGGGCUUCUUUCUCGCCAAUGCAAAAAGGAAUAUGCAGCACAUUUUUGCCUUCUUCUGCACCGGUUUCCUAGGCGCGGUAGUAGGUGCCAAUUUCCCCAACAAUAUCCAGAUCGGGGGAUUAUUCCCAAACCAGCAGUCACAGGAACAUGCCGCUUUUAGAUUCGCUUUGUCACAACUCACAGAGCCCCCAAAGCUCCUCCCCCAGAUCGAUAUUGUGAACAUCAGCGACAGCUUUGAGAUGACCUAUAGAUUCUGUUCCCAGUUCUCCAAAGGAGUCUAUGCCAUCUUUGGGUUUUAUGAACGGAGGACCGUCAACAUGCUGACCUCCUUCUGCGGGGCCCUCCACGUCUGCUUCAUUACGCCGAGCUUUCCCGUUGACACAUCCAACCAGUUCGUCCUUCAGCUGCGCCCCGAGCUGCAGGACGCCCUCAUCAGCAUUAUCGACCAUUACAAGUGGCAGAAAUUUGUCUACAUUUAUGAUGCUGACCGGGGUUUAUCCGUCCUGCAGAAAGUCCUGGACACAGCUGCUGAGAAGAACUGGCAGGUGACAGCAGUCAACAUUUUGACAACCACGGAAGAGGGGUACAGGCUGCUCUUUCAGGACCUGGAGAAGAAGAAGGAGCGCCUGGUGGUGGUGGACUGUGAAUCGGAACGCCUCAAUGCCAUCUUGGGCCAGAUUAUAAAGCUGGAGAAGAACGGCAUUGGGUACCACUACAUCCUUGCGAAUCUGGGCUUCAUGGACAUUGACUUAAACAAAUUCAAGGAGAGUGGAGCAAAUGUGACAGGUUUCCAGUUGGUGAACUACACAGACACCAUCCCAGCCAAGAUCAUGCAGCAGUGGAAGAACAGCGACGCUCGAGACCACACGCGGGUGGACUGGAAGAGACCUAAGUACACCUCUGCGCUCACCUAUGAUGGAGUGAAGGUGAUGGCUGAGGCUUUCCAGAGCCUGCGAAGGCAGAGAAUCGAUAUAUCCCGCCGGGGGAAUGCUGGGGAUUGCCUGGCUAACCCAGCUGUGCCCUGGGGCCAGGGGAUCGACAUCCAGAGGGCUCUGCAGCAGGUGCGGUUUGAAGGCCUGACAGGAAACGUACAAUUUAAUGAGAAAGGACGCCGGACCAACUACACCCUCCACGUGAUUGAGAUGAAGCAUGACGGCAUCCGAAAGAUUGGUUACUGGAAUGAAGAUGACAAGUUUGUUCCUGCAGCCACGGAUGCUCAAGCCGGGGGGGACAAUUCAAGUGUCCAGAAUAGAACGUACAUUGUCACUACAAUCCUAGAAGAUCCUUACGUGAUGCUCAAGAAGAACGCCAACCAGUUUGAGGGCAAUGACCGCUAUGAGGGCUACUGUGUGGAGCUGGCAGCAGAGAUUGCCAAGCACGUGGGUUACUCCUACCGUCUUGAGAUUGUCAGUGAUGGGAAAUAUGGAGCCCGCGACCCCGAUACAAAGGCUUGGAAUGGCAUGGUGGGAGAGCUGGUCUAUGGGAGAGCAGAUGUGGCCGUGGCCCCUCUGACUAUUACCUUGGUCCGGGAAGAGGUGAUAGACUUCUCCAAGCCAUUUAUGAGUUUGGGGAUCUCCAUCAUGAUAAAAAAGCCACAGAAGUCCAAGCCAGGGGUCUUCUCCUUUCUCGAUCCUUUGGCUUAUGAAAUUUGGAUGUGCAUUGUGUUUGCCUACAUUGGAGUGAGUGUCGUCCUUUUCCUGGUCAGCCGCUUCAGCCCCUACGAAUGGCACAGUGAAGAGUUUGAGGAAGGGCGGGACCAGACAACCAGUGACCAAUCCAAUGAGUUUGGGAUAUUCAACAGCUUGUGGUUCUCCCUGGGAGCCUUUAUGCAGCAAGGAUGUGACAUUUCUCCCAGGUCCCUGUCUGGCCGAAUCGUUGGUGGUGUCUGGUGGUUCUUCACAUUGAUCAUCAUCUCCUCAUACACAGCCAACCUGGCUGCCUUCUUGACAGUGGAAAGGAUGGUGUCACCCAUCGAGAGUGCGGAGGACCUAGCAAAGCAGACGGAAAUUGCCUACGGGACGCUGGAAGCAGGAUCCACUAAGGAGUUCUUCAGGAGGUCUAAAAUUGCUGUGUUUGAAAAGAUGUGGACAUACAUGAAGUCAGCAGAACCAUCAGUGUUUGUGCGGACCACAGAGGAGGGGAUGAUCCGAGUGAGGAAAUCCAAAGGCAAAUAUGCCUAUCUUCUGGAGUCUACCAUGAAUGAGUACAUUGAACAGCGGAAACCCUGUGACACCAUGAAGGUGGGAGGUAACUUGGAUUCCAAAGGCUAUGGCAUUGCAACACCCAAGGGGUCCGCCCUGAGAGGUCCCGUAAACCUAGCGGUUUUGAAACUCAGUGAGCAAGGCGUCUUAGACAAGCUGAAAAGCAAAUGGUGGUACGAUAAAGGGGAAUGUGGAAGCAAGGACUCCGGAAGUAAGGACAAGACAAGUGCUCUGAGCCUCAGCAAUGUGGCAGGCGUGUUCUACAUCCUGAUCGGAGGACUUGGACUAGCCAUGCUGGUUGCCUUAAUCGAGUUCUGCUACAAAUCCCGUAGCGAGUCCAAGCGGAUGAAGGGUUUCUGUUUGAUCCCACAGCAAUCCAUCAAUGAAGCCAUACGGACAUCGACACUCCCCCGAAACAGUGGGGCAGGAGCCAGUGGUGGCGGUAGUGGAGAGAAUGGCCGAGUGGUCAGCCACGACUUCCCCAAGUCCAUGCAAUCGAUUCCCUGCAUGAGCCACAGUUCAGGGAUGCCCUUGGGAGCCACAGGAUUAUAACUGGAGCAGAUGGAGACCCCUUGGGGAGCAGGCUUGGGCUCCCUCAGCCCUACCCCAAACCCUUCAGUGCCAAAAACAACAAAAUGAAACACAACCGCUACCAACCACUGCGACCACAAGGAGGAUGAUUCAACAGAUUUUCCUGAAGAACUGGAAACCAUUCUACUCUCCCAUUUCCUUUUUUGAUGUUCUUUCAUGCUGUUCCAUUGCUAAGUAAGGAUGAUAAAUAACACUGCACUGCAAUAAGGGGAAAUAACCCUGUCUAAUAGAGCCUGUGUCUCUGACAAUGGAGUCACCAGAACACUAAUGAGGAAACUGUACCAUUUUCUUUGAAUUUGGUUUUUAAUGUGUCUUAGUUUGUGCGAUUUUUUUCUUACUAAUAUUCAUGGUUUGCAGGUUCUGUUAGGCCCCUUCCUUCCCCUUCUUAUUCCCAACUCCCUACCUAUCCCUCUUCAGUUUUUAGGUUGGAGAUUCACAAUUUAUUGCACCUUAAAAGCAAGCAAAAGGAAAAAACAUAAAAAGCAACCUUCAAAUUAAUUCGCCAUGGGAGCUCUCCAAGUUACCCUCCACUCCACGGCCCUGAGCUCUGGAUGGAGACAGAGGUCAAUGAAGAAGUGAGCUGCUGACAGAGGACUGCCUGAUUUAGUUGGGAAUACAUGUGAAAAGCACCUCAGUCCAAGGGUGGUGGAGAGGGCAAAGGCAGGUGUGCACUCAGAGGAGGACUCAUCAAGUUAUUGCUGGAAGCCCAGAUAAAGCUUCUUUUAAUAAGUAAGAGCCAUCUCAUCGGCCUUAGGUGGAAUGGUAUAUUUUGUCCCAGAGUCAGCCUUAGCCCUGAGAAAUAUGCCCUCCUGACCACGCUCAAGCCCAACGGCACCCUGGUGGCUGAAGGGCAAUUGGUCUCCUGAACCAAGUAGAGACUUGAGAACAGCUGACAGCCAGGAAGAUAACAUCUGUGAUUUUUGCUUUUCAUUUGUUUAACAUCUGAGCAGGAGCCCUAUUGUGAAAGAGACUCUCUUUCUUCAGAGCCUCUGAUAUGGGGAGAAAUGCUAUGCAAGCUAAGUGCAAAAGAAAGGUGAUAAAAGAAUUUUAGAAAAGGAAGUUUCGUCAAAGCCCACAAACAAUAGGACCUUCCAUGGUGUGCCCUCUCUUGGGUUUGAGAGGCUGACCCAAAGAACUUGGGUUUUUAUGUCCAUAUAAAAGUGUUAUUUUAGCAUGUGGCCAGAUAACAUUCUAUCAUCUUUAGAAGGUAAAAUACCCUAGGCUGAAUUAUUUGAAGGAGAAAAGGGAGAUGGAUUAAAUUGAAAAUGACACUGGGGUUCUUAAGGUCCCUGAUCCCAACUUUUAAGCCAAGGAAGCAGCCCUUCCCUUUGGCUAAGACAGAAUGGAAGUGUUAUAUUCCAGUGACCAGAAUCAAUACACCCAGGAUUGUGACUACAAAGCUGAACUAAAGCAAGACUGGAGAGGUGACAGGGCUCGUGGAGAGAAGCCCAGGUUGACUGCAACUUUGGUUGGGAGAGUGCUGUUUCUAGCAUAUGGCCUCCUUGAAGAUUCCAACUCUAGUUCUUGGGGCAACUGGCUUCCAGCUCUCCAGCUGCCACUCUCCUAGGUGCAUGAUUCAGUGUGUGCCAUGUGUCAUUAGCUUCUAUUGAUAACCAUAUUCUGGCUUGUUCCCUUACUCCCUACUUCUAUCCAGUCUUCUCUGCUAGGGGUUAUCAUUAGCAAUUGACAAAGGUUUUGGAGCCUGCCUCUAAGUAGGCACAGCAUGAUUGAUUUCAUCUGUGGAUUCUCUCAGUGGACACCUACCAUCUCUAUGUCCCUCCCAUUCUUCUUUCAUCAGUCAUAUCAAAGAACCAUCCCAAAAUCAAACUCUUUGCCCUUGCAGCUCGAGUGUUGUUCAGUCUCUCACAUGUCAGUGUGAGCAUGGUACGUGAAGCAGGACCCUCAAGAUGGAUUAUCACGUUCUACUACUGCCAGCUGAUACGCUCCCAGCCCCUGCCUGCCCUCUCACCAGAUUUUUCUCAGCUCUUAGCCUACCACUGCAGAAUCUGGUACGACCUGCCAUUAGGGAAUCUGCAUUUCAGAGGAGUUGGCAAUAACCCUCUACUAUCAACAUGCUUCAAAGACCUUUUGCCUUUGGCCUGGUAGGAUGCCUUUCCAGCUACUGAGCUCACCAGUAACCUGAUCUGAUAGGGAGAGGCCAUUGAGGCUAGAAAUGAGGGUCCAUGCUCUGUGGGGGUCCAAGACUCCAGUGGAAAAUGCCUUUCAUCAAUGGAGGAGUGACGGGAAAGACAAAAGCAAGAAAAAAGUUAACUUGUCUUAUGUAUUUUUACUACACUUUUCUUAAAAAUAGAGCUAUGGGAAAACUCUGAAAGAGAUUGACAUUUUUCUCAACAGGAAUCCAUACUUAACAGUUCUAGCUUUCAUUAAAUUUUGCUCUUUGGUA